UCGGCGAGCCCAGCGUCCGGACGCCAGCGCGCAGCACCUGCGGAGCGGCAGCCAGCGAGCCAGGCAGCCAGCGAGCCAGGAGCGCCCCGCCAGCCUUCGGCGCGCCAUGUUUCAGCCGACCGAGCACGCUCAGGACUGGGCCAUGGAGGGACCCCGGGAUGGGCUCAAGAAAGAGCGCCUGCUCGACGACCGCCACGACAGCGGCCUGGAUUCCAUGAAGGACGAGGAGUACGAACAGAUGGUGAAGGAGCUGCGCGAGAUCCGCCUGCAGCCGCAGGAGGCGCCGCGCGCCGCCGAGCCCUGGAAGCAGCAGCUCACCGAGGACGGAGACUCGUUCCUGCACUUGGCCAUCAUCCACGAAGAGAAGGCAUUGACCAUGGAAGUGAUUCGCCAGGUGAAGGGAGACCUGGCCUUCCUCAACUUCCAGAACAACCUGCAGCAGACUCCACUGCACUUGGCCGUGAUCACCAACCAGCCAGAAAUUGCUGAGGCGCUGCUGGAAGCUGGCUGCGAUCCUGAGCUGCGAGACUUUCGAGGAAAUACUCCACUGCACCUGGCCUGUGAGCAGGGCUGCCUGGCCAGCGUGGGGGUCCUCAAGCAGACCUGCACAGCCCAGCACUUGCACUCCAUCCUGCAGGCCACCAACUACAACGGCCACACGUGUCUGCACCUAGCCUCCAUCCACGGCUACCUGGGCAUCGUGGAGCUGCUGGUGUCCUGGGGCGCUGACGUCAACGCCCAGGAACCCUGCAAUGGCCGGACAGCCCUGCACCUGGCGGUGGACCUGCAGAACCCAGACCUGGUGUCGCUUUUGCUGAAGUGCGGGGCUGACGUCAACCGGGUGACCUACCAGGGUUACUCCCCAUACCAGCUCACCUGGGGCCGGCCCAGCACCCGGAUCCAGCAGCAGCUGGGCCAGCUAACCUUGGAAAACCUUCAGAGGCUGCCAGAGAGCGAGGACGAGGAGAGCUAUGACACCGAGUCGGAGGUCACGGAGGAUGAGCUGCCCUACGAUGACUGCGUGUUUGGAGGCCAACGUCUGACAUGAUACAUGUCUGGAGCACCCAUGGACUUGUAUAUUUGUACAGAAAGAGUUUUAUUUUUUUAAAAAAACAAAAAAACAACAACAAAAAAAAACCACAUACCAAAAAGAACACACCAAAAAUUCCUAAGGGUGUCUCUGGAACUGCGCUGCACCGCGUCCAGCUAGCCUGGAAUACUAACUGGCAGUGGGUCAGCCUGCGAUGGGAUACACUUCCUGAACAUCGCAGAGGGACAAGGGAGAGGAUUCAGAGGCAACAAAAAAAAAAAAGAAAUCAACUCUCGGACUUCCUCUUGGUGGGGGUUUUGGCGAAUAUUAAGGCCAGAUGUCAUGAAAGGACCACGUUUUAUUUAUUGCGUUUUGGUUGGUCGCCUGCAUGGGGUGGCCAGUCCCAGGCACGUCCCAUGCCACCUGAUGACCGGUGUGUCGUCGGGGCCCCUGGGGCUGUGGGACCCAGAGUCGCCGCCCUCUUGUACACAGUGUACAUAGUGUAUUUUGUUGGUAAUUAUUUUGGUACUUCUGAGAUGUAUAUUUAUUAAACAGAUUUUUACAA